AACAACGUUCACAACUUUUACAGUUAACAACCAACCAAAAAAAACCAAACCAUCAACAUGAAAUUCUUCGCCGUCUGCUUCUUCGCUGUUGUGGCUGUGGCCUCUGCCAAGCCCGGCAUUGUCGCUCCUCUGGCCUACACCGCACCAGCUGUGGUCGGCAGCGCCGCCUACGUAACACCCUACGCCUCCAGCUACAGCGCACACCAGAUCGCCCAUAGCGCCGCCUUCCCCGCUGCCUACACAGCCCCCAUUGCCGCCGCUGCCUACACCGCUCCAGUUGCUGCCGCCUACACCGCUCCAGUUGCCGCUGCCUACUCCGCUCCUUUGGCCGCCGCUUACCCCGCUCCUCUGGCCGCUGCUUACUCCGCUCCUCUGCUGCUGAAGAAGUAAGGCGCUGACUGAAAUGUGACCAUGUCUUGACAUCCCCAAGUGUAAAUAAACAAUUUCGCAUACAUCCAA